GACAAACACACUCACGCACACACACACACACACGCACACAGACAGACAGACAGAGAGACGGACAGACAGAGAGACGGACAGACAGAGAGACGGACUGCAGCAGGUCGGAAGCAGGUCCUGAUCACCGCUGCUGCCCGAGGACCCCGCAGACCCGCAGGGACGAUGUCUGUGGUGAAGCUGGAGGCGAGUCGAGAGUGGAUCCGCACAGAACUGGAUAACGUCGUGGAUUUCUGGCUCAAAUAUUCUCACGACACUGUACACGGGGGCUUCUUCACGUGCAUCGGAAGGGACGGGGAGGUCUACGAUGAGCUGAAGUACGUCUGGCUGCAGGGCAGACAGGUGUGGAUGUACUGCCGCCUGUACCGAACCAUGGAUCGCUUCCGCAGGCCGGAAAUUCUUGAAGCAGCAGUAGCUGGGGGUGCGUUCCUCCGAAGGUUUGCCCGCGUGUCUGCCGCCGUUGGUCAGUGGAAAUGUGCCUUCUGCUUAUCGAAAGACGGUAAAGUGGUCAAAGUUCAGAGGACCAUAUUCAGCGAGUGCUUCUACGUCAUGGCCAUGGACGAGCUGAGCAGGGUCACCGGUGACGAGGACAUGCAGCUGGAGGCCGAACAGAUGAUGGAGCAGUUGAUCUAUUGGGUUCGGGUGGACUCGUCGGGUCUGGACCGGCCACAGCAUCCCGGAGACGUUCCCACCAACAGCAUGGCGGUUCCCAUGAUGCUGCUGUGUCUGGUGCAGCAGCUCACCGAAGGCCGGGGUCCUGAGGUGGUCCAGAAGUACAGGGAGCUGGGCAGCUGGUGUGUACAGCAGAUUCUACAGCACAUCCAGAGAGACGGCACAGCUAUAUUAGAGAACGUGUCAGUGGAGGGAGCAGAGCUGCCGGGUUGCCAGGGCCGACUGCAGAACCCAGGCCAUGCCCUGGAAGCCGGCUGGUUCCUGCUCCAGUACAGUGCCGAGUGGGGGGACGAGGAGCUGCGGACGACUGCCGUCAACAAGUUCGUGGAGCUGCCUUAUCAGUGUGGCUGGGAUAAGGAGCACGGGGGCCUCUUCUAUUUCCUGGAUGUGGAAGGUUACUGCCCCACACAGUUGGAGUGGAGCAUGAAGCUGUGGUGGCCUCACUGUGAGGCUCUCAUUGCCUUCCUGAUGGCCUACAGCCACAGCAAGAAGCCAGAGCUGCUGGAGCGAUUCUGUCAGGUCUAUGAAUACACCUGCAGCCACUUUUCUGAUGCUAAGAGCGGUGAGUGGUUUGGAUAUCUGACCCAAGAAGGGAAAGUGGCACUGGAUUUUAAAGGAGGCCCCUUUAAAGGGUUCUUCCACGUUCCUCGCUGCCUCUACAUGUGCGAGCGCAUGCUGGACGAUCUGCUGGCCAAGAGGGACUGAACGCCGACGUGAAUUUUACAAUAACGGGACUGAAUCUGAUCUCUGGGUCGGUCCACUGAAUCAAACCGUAGUAGCGAUAGUAAACAAAUUUGCGAUAAUUCUCAAAAAUGCAUUUCUGUAAACGUACCUGUAUAAUUUCAUCCUUAAUGUUGUGGCACCAGAGGCCGUUUGAGGUUAAGAUUCCAUUAAAGGUUCCCACCUGACGUCUGACUUUGUCCUUGUAAGUUGCUGAAGAGGAUCCUGCCACCCAGUGAGCUUGCACUGUUAACAAACUUAAUGUUUUGAGCUGCUCAGUGGCUACAAUGUCCCAGGUGCACGUGCCUUACUGAUGUGUCGGUCCUGCAUCAGGGCUAAUAGUCACAUUGUACACUAACAUCUAUAGUAUAUGCAGUUUCAGCUGGCUGCAUGUCUGUGGACCGUAGGAGGACACACUUCCCGUUCAUUAUAACAUAUACUAGGUAGAGGGGUCGUCCACAAACCAGACGGUGGGCUUCCCCCCGUCAGCAUGCCAACGUGUCCUCGGGCAAGACACUUAACCCCGAAGUGCCUCUGCAAUACAUUCGUAUACAUUUGACAGAAAUAGUGCGGUAAAUAUCAGCACUGUAUGAAUGUGUGAAUGUGACUUGUACUGUGAGAGUGCUCUGAGUGGUGGAUAAGACUAGAAAAGCUCGUUAUAUACUUCAUUCCAUUUACAGUCCAUAUUCAAUAUUGUACCAAUAAAUCUUCUAUUCUAAUGGUGAAUGUCAAAGAAAAAUGAAAGCUACAAUCUCUUACUGCUAGUGACAUGCGUGGCAUUUGUAGAUUUACAGGCCAGUAAAUGAAUUGUGCAUUGAAAUAUUACAGAUAAUGAUUAAAUGUACAAUCUAAAGAGCCUACCACUUUGGCAGGACUGUGUGUAUAAUAAAUUCACUGCAUACAAAGAACAAAUGUAUGUUUUUUGCCUUUAAUUGUCAAGUACAUUGAGUUGACGCCUGACGCAUGAAAUGUGUAUGUGUAUGUGCAAUUUAAAGGAACUUGACUGAACGAAGUUGGAAAGUUUAUCAAGGUGUAUUUACCCAGCCUACUCUCAUGCCGUUCCUAAUGAACUGAUCAAAUCUUUUAACCAAAUUCAUUUCAACUUCAUUUGGUGACACAAAAUCGCAUUAAAUAAAAAAAGUUUUGGGGUUGGAGAAAUGGAGGAUGGAGGUCUAAAGGGUAUUGAUUUAAAUGCCUAAAUGGAACCUUCGAAAUAAAUUUGCUAAAAUCGUGGAUAAAACAUAGUAACUAUUUUUGGUGUUGUAUUCCAAAAAAAUGAAUUCAAUAAAAUGGGUGGCUUUACAUUUCUUCUUAUCACAGAUUUCAAUAUUGAUAAACUACCUGUAUCAUUAUCAGAGUUCCACAAACAACUUUUAUUAUAUUGGAAAAUUAUAUAUAUGUAUACUCACCCCAUACUACUGUACUCUGAAAUAACAGUUAUAUACUAUACCAGAAUAAGUCUUUAUUUUAUAAAGAUUGUUUUUAGAGAAAUAUAUGGUCAAUAUCUGACUUAAUGGAUGGUAGUGGUAAUUUAUUAGAUUAUGAACAAAUCUCCACUAAAUACAGAUUCAACCCUCCAAAAUCAGACAUUUCCUUAAAAAAAGGAAUUACCCCAACAAUUUGUGUUCCUGUCAAAAAAUAUUAUGUAUUUCUAACCUGUUGAGCCGCGCCUGGCUUUCAAGGGCUUUCAAGCAUGGACAGGAAAUGUAAUAAUUAUUCACUGAAAGACAAAACAAAAACAACAUUCUUCACAAAUUUGAAUUUGAAUUUGAAAAGAGUUAAUAACUAAAUCAAGAACGACGUACCUAACAUUCCUUAUACCACCCAAAAUGAAAGAAACACACUUCAAACUGUUUACAACAUCUACCCUGCUGAACAUUGGAUUUUAAUAUUGAUGAUAAUAUGUUUUGUUUUUGUGGAAAUUAUAUUGAAAACUACAGACCAUAUAUUUCUUUAAAUUGUAAUACAUUGUUUCCUGCUUCCCCUUGUCGAGGUAAUAUGACAUUUGGUUUGAUAUUGAAAAUCAUAAAUGUUUCAUCCACAAGAAUAGAUUACAAAAUUCUUCCCUUAAAUUUAUAAUCUUCUUAAACAAAUUUAAGUUGUAUUUUAAAUCUAAGAAAUUGAUUGAAGGGGGAAAAAGUAAAGGAUUUCCCACUAACUCAGUGAAAUUAUAAUGUAUUUCCCCUUGUAUAUUAGUUUUUUUUAAAUCUAUUUUUUAUUGAUAAUUUCCAUCUUUCCUUAUUGAUCUUGAUUGUGUUUCAUGUUUUAAUACAUUUCAGUGCAAAUUUGUAACUCAGUUACCUUUGUAGACAAGAUAUCAGAAGGUAGUUCCCCUUGGCAAAUACUAUAUACUUUGUUAUUUUCUAAAUGAAUGAUGCCAUGAUUGGCUUGUAUAUACUGUACAUAUUUCAAUAAAAUAUUUUUUUUAAAGUG